AUGACCUUUGAUCCAUGCUCGGAAGGAUAUAGCGUUCCUUGGGAUGAGAUGGGCUCCGUGCUCCUUGAGGGUAGGUCAUCCGACGAUGGUGAGAGUUCGUUUGGUUUCGGGUAUACGAACUCCGUUCCAACAUGGAAUGCCUCCGGCGUCCGAGUUAAGCUUGAAGAGCAUGAUGGAUCAUACGUGAUCCCGCAUGUUGCUGAAGAGUUUGUCCUGAGGAGUUGUGUCAAGAAGGAAGCUGAGCGUUUGCUUGAGAAGAACAUCCAAGACGAUGAUCCUCCAAGGCGAUUUCGCGAAGGAAAAUGCAGGAAAGACAUAGAGUCUUCGGGGAAAAGGGUUGAACUCGUGGUUCCUGGUCCGGAGGAUCGUUAUCAUAACCCUCCUCCCGGUUGUUUUACUGUGUUCGAGACGUAUUUCGAUUCCUGUUUCCUGACCUUUCCGAUCCCCUCACUCAUACUGCAAUUCCUUGCGAUGUAUGGUUUGGCGAUGGGUCAGGUAGCCCCUAGAGGUUUAAGGACUUUGGUGGGAACUAUCACCUUGUGCUUAGAACGCGGUAUAGAGAUCGGGACUUGGCACCUCAUGACGCUCUUCGAGGUGAAAGCGUGCAAAGUUCCCUUGUCAUACUAUGUUUCGCCUAAACAAGGCAAGACGCUUUUCGUGGAGCAUCCUAGUAAAGAAGAACCUUGGAAAGACUACUUCUUUUUCGUUAAGGUCAAUCCGUUCUCGGUUGAUCCUUGGUUCAUAAGCGAGAUGGUGACUGGAUGGUCGAAAAUUGGUCGUCCUGCUGUUGACGCCAUUCCUGCGAAUCUCUACAAGGUCUGGAUUGCGCUGAUUGCUAAGGGAGAGAUCCAUUGGGAUUCUUUUUCGUUUAAGAGAGCCUUUAAAGCUAGGUCCCGAGAGAAAGAACUUUGCCUUUUCGACUAUUCGACUGAUCCUCCGAAAAGGAUGAGCAAAGAAAGAUCAAUCGUUGGCCAGAUGCGAGAGCAAGAAAAGGCCUUCAUCGAGGCGGGCAACGUUGCGCCUCAAUGUGAAGAAGUUGAAGAGGGAGAGAUCCCCACUGCUGUUGAUGAGUGUCCAUCGACUUUGGACAAGGGCAAAGGGAUCGCCCUGAAUGAUGAGAAAUCUCCAGUCAAGAAGAAGAAGAAGAGAAGGAGCAAGGCCCCAGAGUUCGAGUUCGUGGCGCCUGAUUCUGUCAAGGAUGGCAAUGUUGCUGCUCCAGGCGAGCUACUUGGUGCUUUCCGUCCUCGAGGAGCUUCGACUGCUCCCGUUGGCGAGUUUCGGAAGAAGAAAGUUUUCGAGAAGGUUGCGCGCCAAGGUUUCGAGUUCCUUGCCCAGCUGACUGGUAUGGCCAGCGGAUACGAGGCUGAUUCUGCGCAAUGGGAAAGUCGGAUUGCGGAAUCAAAAAAGAUCGCUGAUGAGAGCGCAGCUGAGGCAGCUCGAUUGAAGGAGGAGUUUGAGAAGGCAAAGGUUGCCCAUGCUGAGGAGCUGGACCGUGUGAAGGCCGAGCUCCUUAAAGAGAAGAAAGAAUGGGCGAGGAGGCUACUCAAAGCCUCCCAGCAAGAGAAGACGCUCUUGGUGAAGAAGUAUCGCCAAAGAGGUGAUAGUGCGAGAGCUUUGGUUAGCCAGAUUGAGGAAGCUCAUGAGGAAUUGAUCCUGUCUGAGGUUGUGAAGGCUAACUUGGAUCUGUAUGACUUGAUGCAAUCUGGGGAUCAGCCCGAGAUCGCAAGUUACAAGGAGCUUUUGGAUGAUGGCAAGGUAAGGUAUGCUGACACGAGGGUCAACUUCCAGCGUAUGAUGGAAACGCUCAAGGACUAUCUGGUUGCUUCUCCACAAGCUCAGACGUUCAGCCCAGUUUUCGGAGCGGAUUCGAUGAGGAAAGCUGCCAGUGAAGUCGGCAUUUCGAACAUGUCGGGAUCGAUGGAGGGAGAUCCAGGGCUUGAGGAGUUUAUCUCCAGCCUAGCUGCCGAGGAUCGCGACUGA